CUCUCUCUCUCGGUCUCUGACUGUAGGCGUGGUUCUUUAUGCAUGUCAAUGUUUGGAAGAAAGCGGACAGACUGGAUACGCACCGCUAUCCGCAUUCUCCGUGGUUUAGGUUUGGGAGCAGCGUAAACCAUGGCUUUCUUCUUCAAAGGAGCGGUUACAAGUUCUCCGAUUAAGACCAGGAGGCAGGAGGCUGAACAUAUUUGUCACAGUCUUGACGUCUCCCACUUCUCCGACUCCUCCUAUGAGUGUUUCUCCACCAAUCCGCUGACAGGCUCCGUGUGUGCCUGUCGCCGAAGCCCCCGCCUACUAGCCAACGGUUAUUAUGUACUGACAGAGGACAGUUUUAGCACAGACGACGAGGGUAACGUCACCCUGACUCCCUCACACACCAGCGUCUCAUACAAAGAGAAUGUUGUCCGCAUAUUCAGACGAAGGCGCCGGGCAAAGAGGUCACUGGCCAGCCUUCUGAGCGAUAUGAGCCAAUCAUGCCAGUCCUGGCUGGAAGGAAGUGUUUUUAGAAGAUCCGACCCGAUCACCCCCCUCCAGUUAUCAUGGGAGGAACUGGACCACAGCUUUGCCUAUGAGAAAGAUACACCUAUCAGCUUCACCUAUGAUCCCACAGAUCCUGUUUCCUCUUCUGAUAAGGUGCCUCCUCAGACUCAGCUUGAAGAAGAGGAGGAGCCGCCGUCCGAGGCUUGCUCUGCCCAUGAACAAUUCAGCCAAUCAGCCAAUCAAUGUUUUGGUCUCCUGGAUGUUCCUCCCCCAUCUGUCUGUCACCUCAAUAGUUAUAGCUCACCCAGCAAGACAUCGUCAGAAACUGUGCUCCGGAAAGUCCUUCUCCUCAUCCUCACUCUGUGCCUCUGCAUUGCCAUCUCUUCCGGGUGGCUGCUGGGAGGUGUUUCUGCAGCAGUGGCAUUCAUGGUUCUGCUUUCAUCUAUAUGUAUGUCUAAACCUGGGACUGCAGUGCGCUGGAGGAGAGCAAAGACUGAGGACAUCACCUCCAGAAACGAGUGAGGAGGAACCGUACACACAUACACACAUCUGUGUGAAGGCCAGAGGAAGUGAGUGUGUGGACACGCAUCCUGCAUCAGCGUUAAAUAUUAGUUACAUAUCAGUUUUUGUAGUGGUGUUUUCACUGAUCAGCUAAAGAGUUCUGAAUAAUAAUCAUAGAAGAAAUACUGUAACAGGACCAGCAAUGGCAAAUAACUGUCACAGGAAAUUUUACAUGCUGAGAUAAGCAUGCAUUUUUUAAACAGAUGGACAUAUCAAUACAGAACGAUCUUUGAGUAAAAGUUUAUGAAUUUGAUGAAUUUUCCUAAACGAAAGACUGGAUUGUAUUAUGAGGGAUUCUCUGCGAGUCAGUGGAGAUGCCCUGCAUGACAGAACGUAGAAGUAAAAUGUGUCAGUUGUGUUUGUAAAUGCGUCAGCUUGGCUUGGUUGGGCUCUCUGACAUGGUGACCAGGGCAUCAGGUAUAUUGCUCAGCUUGUUUAGUAAGAUUAUCAGAUACUGAUUUCAAAAAUGUUUUGCUGCAACACCAAGUUUAAUAUAAUGGCUUUGCAGAAAAUCUUUUAACUUUUGAGAAGUUGUAGCAAAAGAAGUGCCAGUUUAGUUUUGCACAGAUGCCUCAUAUUUGUCAAGUGCCUUUGUUAUACAAAACAGGAGUUUUAUUGCCAUUUGCCAGGGUUAGAGUCUCGCAUCUGUGCUGUGUGACUCAAGAGGGCUGAAAUUUUAAUAUGCUAUUUUUGAAAUUCUAAUGGGAGCACAAUAAUUAGAUUUAUUGUUACGGUAUUGCACUUAAAACUGGAUUUAAAGCUCUUAUUUCACAGGGACUUUCUCUAGAUUAUUAAGACAAGUAAAUCCUGUUUGCAGGGAAUUAGUGCUGCCAAAAGAGAACAUGUUCUCGAUUUACUGUAUAAUAUGUGUAUAAUUUUGUCACGUUCAUACGAGGCAACUGCUCUGACAGAAAGUUAAAGGUGCAGUAAGUGAUUUCUAAAAAAAAAAACACUGUUGAAAGUGGAUCGGAACGAGCGUCACAACACACUUGUAGCCGAUCAGCAUUAGGGGGCGUGUCCACCCAAGAUGUGGGAGGAGAGAGAAUGAGCUAGAAGGAGAUUUGAAGAAAGACUGUAGAAAGAGAGAUGUCUGAGAGACAUUACAAAAGAGAGAAGGUCAGAGGAAAAUCAAUGGAAAAGAAGGGAGAUAAUCAGGCGAGAGCUUUGGGACCUGCGUUGAUAUUAGAAAAGCUUUCUAGCACUGGAGAGAUCUAAGCGUGAAGGCCUGAAAACGGACGCCGAGGUUGCCUUGCUUCUGCUCCAUACAUGAGUAACAUUGGUUUUGAGGGCGUGCUGCUGGCGACUAACAAUGCUUGUAUUGUGUACUGUAUGUUCAUUUUUUGUUCAUUCGUUCCUCAUCUUCUUUUUAUUUUUCGUGAAGCUUUAUUUUGCUUUGCUUCAGCUAUGAAAAAGUGACAUCCACUCUUGCAUUGCAUGUCUGUUUAGGUUGAUUUCAAAUAUCAGCAGUGCUCAACAAUGAUCCACAGAAAUCACUUACUGCACUUUUAAGAGUAAACUGAGUAGAAAGCUGUCUGUACAACAUGACCAAAAUGCAUUAAGUGCAACUGAACUUGUAUCCUCUGGAGGGAAUAUUGUUUUUGUUAGAAUGAAAAAAAAAAAACAUUUUCUUACAAAGACUCAGUUUGUAGGGGUUUUUUUUAUAUAUAAAGGCAGCUCAGUUUUGAAGAGAACAAAGACAUUCAUGAGGAAACAAAUGCAAAGCAAGGAUGAAACAAAGUGUUCAUUUGAGCGCUUCAGUUUUAGAGGUUUAUGCAUAAAAAUCUGAAAGCAAACUUGUUUGAGACCAAGCCAAGUUGAAUAAGUGAAUCAUUAAAAUGCAUUUAUCUUGUAGCCAAUAUAUCUAAAGUGUUUAAAUGAAUUGUAUUGUCUUCAGUGUUUGUAUAAAUGUUUUGUAGGGCCUAUGAGCAAAGAAACAUUCGAGUGCAGGACUGAAUGAAUAUUGCUCUAUAAAAUAGACUAUAUUUACUGUAAAGUGUUCUGUAAAUGUGUCAUUAUUAAGGGCCAAGCACAAAAGUUUCAAAGGUGAGGAUGCUAAAAAGGAUUUGAGGCUAUAUCUCAGCAAAAAUGUGUGCCGUUGCCACAAUUCCAUAUUAAAAGGCUGACAGCGCCAUCUGUUGGUCAAAAUUCUAUUUAUGGACUUUCAAGCUUAAAGUCAUUAAGUCCUCACCAUGAAUGUUAUGUCCAAUCAGAUUUACAUAACAUUUACAUGAUGUUUUUGUUGCUGUGCCUGAUCCUGUAAUUGCUGCUUGCAGCUAUAUUUAUAAUAAUAAUUAUGAAGAUAAGCAAUUAAUCUUUUAUAUCCCAUCAGAGACAAUAUAAAAAUGUUUGAAAAAAAUAUACAGGAAUUUUUUUUAUUUUUUUUUACUUUAUUUAUUAUUGCCUUUUUAUCUAAUUAAUAAGUCACUGGGUACAGAGUUAAAAGGCAAGUGAUUCCAAUAUGACGGCUUUAAACCAUUGACAAAUUAUGUUUUGAUGUAAUUUCAUGCCAAAGCAUACUGUAAAAUUAGGCUGGAAGUGCAAAAAAUGCAUCUCCUGCAUUUGUCCAGCUCCUUAUAAUGUAUUCACUGUUUAGUAAUCUGUUACAGAAUAUAGUGAGGCAAAUUAUUAUAUUAAAUAUUAAAUUAUUAUUUCCCUGCCUUUGAGCUUUGAUGACUGCAGUGAACCUGUAACUGCAUUUAACAGUCUGUGUCACAAGAAAACUGAAGAUUACUGUAAAUAGUAAAAACUUUAGUUACUAUUAUUCCACUGCAUGUGAAAGUAAAAUGUGAAUUGUAUGUGUUCCGUAUACACUGUAAAAUAUAAUGUUAAAAGGAAAUGCAUUUAUAGAAUUUGCACAAACAGAAUUUGCCAUGUUGGAAAGUAUUAGAGGAGUAAUAGGCCUUAAAACAGACGUGUUUGUUAAGGUUAGUAGUUUUACAGUGUAUUUUGAAAAAACAAAAUUUCAUCAAUAAAGUUUUAUAUACACAA